AUGGCAUCACAAGACACUCGCGACAUGAAAGAAGAUAUCAAGGAGCCUUAUGGGAUUCAAACCGGGGAGAUCUUGGAAACGAGAGGCUCAUUGUCGUCUACAAGCGACAGAAAGUCAGGCGGUCUUGGAAUCGAAGCAGAGCAUGCUGUUGGCGCCGAAUUAUUUCGCGAGGCCAUGGAAGGCCAUGUGGACGUUGACGACAAAGAAUAUGCACCCAUCAGACGAAAGAUCGACAGAUGGCUGCUGCCAAUUCUGUGUGUCACGUACAUGCUGCAGUUUUUGGAUAAGUUGUCGCUCAACUAUGCAAAUGCGUAUUCGCUGAGCGAAGACUUGAAUUUUAAAGGGAACGAUUACUCGAACGUGGCCGCAAUCUUUAACGUUGGGUAUUUGAUCGGGUCGAUCCCGGGAAACUGGCUGUUGCAAAAACUCCCAGUCGCUAAGUUUACUGGCUGUACGUUGAUCGCAUGGGCGAUUCUACUGAUUUCCCACAUUGGUGCCACUAACUACCGCACCAUGAUGGCGUUGCGGUUUCUGUUGGGUCUCAUGGAGGCGACCAUUUCGCCUUCCAACAUGAUGAUGUGCAGCAUGUUCUACAACAAGCAAGAACAGCCAUUCAGAAUGUGCACGUUCCUGAGUAUGAAUGGUGUGGCCACGAUGGUGGGGGCCCUUUUGGCCUACGGACUGGGCCACUCCACGAGCACGUCGCUAAAACCAUGGAAAUUGAUCUUUUUGGUUAUUGGACUCAUCAACCUCGUUUGGGCUUUUGUGUUCUUGUACUUGGCACCUGAUUCUCCAUCUAACGCUCGCUUUCUGACGCAUGACGAGAAGCUGAAGGUGGUGCAACGGGUUUCAAAGAACCAAAUGGGUCUCAAAGACACCAAGUUGAAGCCCAAGCAGGCAGUUGAGGCACUUUGCGAUUUGAACUGUUGGAUUUUGGCACUUAUCGGUCUCGGAUGCGGUAUCAUCAACGGCGGUACCUCAAACUUCAUCUCUUCGCUCAUCAAAGGGUUCGGAUUUUCAGGCUUGAAUGCAACACUACUACAACUACCCACCGGUGCAGUUGAACUGCUCUGUGUAUUCUCGGCCGGCAUCCUUGCCCUGUAUACAAAGAAAAACAUUAGAGUCAUCCUGCUGUUUAUUUUGUGCAUUCCUACACUUGCUGGUCUCGUGGGUAUUCACUUGAUACCAUUGGAGCACAAAUGGGCUCUGGUCGGCUGCUGUUGGUUGCUAUACAUCAUUGGUGGACCAGUAAUUAUGUGUUGGAUUCUGCUCAACGUCACCGUUGCGGGCUCCUCCAAAAUCUCGACCUCUAAGAUUAUGUGGUUCUUGAUGUACACAGCAGGCAACAUCAUCGGGUCUAAGAUUUUCUACGCGAAGGAGGCCCCACGAUACUUGACCGGUAUGAAGGGCCUGAUUUCCUCAUACGCUUGCAUGAUGCUCUUGUGUAUCGUGUACUAUGGUAUGAUGCUGUACAGAAACAGAUCCAGAGACAAGAAGUACGGGCCACUUACGCCCGAGUCCGAGCAACAGGGUAUUAUCGACGGAUUCAAAGAUUUGACCGAUUUCCAGAACAAGAAUUUCAGAUACUCCUACUAG